GGUAAUUCAGCCCCCUCUCUGGCAGGAAACAGGGCACGAUGAACAGUAGUUUCAUUUUUGCUGAAAGGAAACGGGACGUCCUGCAUCCUUCCGUGCUCUUCUAGACAAAGCAGCUCUGUUCUUCAGGUUUGUCGUCGCUCGACCUUCAGAUCAACAUGAGUACGGUUACAUCCCGACUGUCCAGACAGCAGGAGAAGCAGCUCUGCUUCUUACUGAACUGCUCCAGACUCAGCCUGCUGUUCAAGGCCAGUGUUCACGGCUACACCGCGGACGCCUUCCACAGGCGCUGCGAUCGGCAGGGGCCGACCGUUACAGUAGCCUACAACAACUCUUAUUUUAUCUUUGGAGCGUACACCAGCAAAGACUACGCCCAGACAGGCCAGAAUAUCGCAGAUGACAAAGCCUUCGUGUUCAGCUUCAACGAGCGAGAGAUGAAGAAAAAACCUCUGCGUGUGGUCAGCACAGAAGCCCAGCGUUCCUUCGUUGAUGCAAAUACUGGUCCAAAUUUUGUAUCCCUGUUGUUUUUACAUAACAAUACAGCCACAGUUUACAGCAAUCCAGGAACCUACAAUUUUGACCCCGUGGAGAUGCACGGCAAUGACCUGCAGCUGACGGAGUUUGAGGUCUACAGAGUGGAGGCAGGUGCUGAAGCCCUCAUGGAGAAGCCUUGGAGAAACAUCCAGUGGGAUAUUGAGAAGAAAAAAGGUCUGAUGGACAUGAUCACAGAAUGGAAGCACGGCGUAAGCUCUGUGAAGAAAGCUCGUAUUCUGCUGGUUGGACCUGUUGGCGCUGGGAAGUCCAGCUUCUACAACUCCAUCAACUCUGUCUUCAAGGGAUACGUGUCCAACCAAGCCAACAUGGGCUAUGCAGGCACCAGUCUGACCACACAGUUCCGUGCCUACUCCAUUAAGACCGGUGGUGGGAAGGUUUUGCCCUUUACUCUAUGCGAUACGAUGGGAUUGGAAGAGGGUAUAAACGCUGGACUGGAUAUCGAUGACUUCGUGAGCAUUCUGAAAGGCCACAUUCAGAACAAGUAUCAGUUUAACCCAGCGAUGCCUCUACAAACACAAUCUCCUUCCUUCUGCAAAGAGCCCGAGCUGAAGGACAAGAUCCACACCGUGGUGUACGUGAUCGACACCUGCAACGUCAAGCUCCUCUCGGAAAAGGUUUUGGAGAAGUUGGCUGCAUUUCGUAGGAAAACCAACCAACUGGGUAUCCCACAGAUUUUUCUAAUGACCAAGGUGGAUGAGGCUUGCCCUUCUGUGGCAUCCGACCUGAAGAAUCUCUAUCAAAGCAAUUACAUCCACAAAAUGAUGCAGGAGGUGAGUGCAAACCUGGGAGUCCCUCUCUCUAAUGUGAUUCCAGUGAAGAACUACAGCCAAGACGUGGAUCUGGAUCCUCAAACGGACAUCCUGCUCCUUAACGCAUUCGUUCAGAUACUCAGAACCACUGAGGGUUUUUUUGAGGAUUUUUCUCAGGAGGAGGAAUAGAAGCCAGGCUGCAGAUUAUCUAGAGCUAGUGGUGAUGAAUGGUAAUGAUCAAUAAAAAGCCUGAAGACCUGUUUACGUAAAAGACAGGGUGGUGGUGCAUUGUGCUUCCAAUUCAAAUUUAAAUCGGCCCAAUUUUAACUUACCUUCAUCUGCAGGACAUGAGGGGUAACUCAAUCAGAUCUCCAGUUAAAAAGCUAUGGAAAUAUCAACAAUUUCCAACUUUACAAUUAGAGAAAACCACUUACAGUGGUAUUUUUUUGCAUGUUUGUCCAACUAAAAUCACCCCAAAAGCUCAUUGACGACUCAUCCAAGAGGUCACGAAAGACCCCAAAACAACAUCCAAAAGACCUUCAGGCUUCACUUCCCUUAGGUCAGCAUUCAUGACUCCGAUAUAAGAGAAAGACUGUCUUUGUAUAUUAUUUAAAUUUGUUUGAUGAUCCGAAACAUUUACGAGUGGCAAACAUGCAAAAAAAUAAGAAAUCAUGAAGGGGCAACACUUAUUUACACCACUUUAAUUGACAUGUUACCAGCCCUAGUCUGUGGUGUCUAGGGUGAAGCUAUUUAAGUUAGGUGCUCUAAACUUAAAUAGUGCUGGACAGUGUAGCCAAAAUCUAUAUACUGAUAAUUAUCAUGAUAAAUAUCAGUAUUGUCCAGCCCUACCUACCAAUAAACUACAUCCAUGGAUGCUCUGAUAAAAAAGAGCAGUGCUUCAUCUAUACAGUGGAAUUCUAAAAAAUCUGUCAUAUCAAUUUCAAUAACUUUUUAUGAUGCUUUUGAUGCUUUCUUCUUCAUAUGGGUUCUCUUUUCAUUUGUCUCUAUAUUCCUCUGGUGUAAAGGGGUUUGAGGGUUUAAAGUACAUAUUUAGGUUAAGUUAGGAGUUAGGGGUUAAGGUUAAGUUUAUGGUUUGGUUAAGAAUUAGCUUAGAGCUGUUUAUCAUAAUGCUUAGGGUUAUGUUUUAUUUUGAGGUUAUAUUAUAUUUAGGGUUAUUUUAGGGUUUGUCUAGAUUCUCUUUUGUAAGUAUGAUUGGAUCGUCUGACUGUAAGUCCAAGAUUCAAGUCCAUAAAGUGUCUGAAAAAGGGUCUUGAGUUUUUAGCGAAUUAAAAAAAAAAAGAUUAUGAA